UGUUGCAAUGUGUUGGUUCGUUUUACCUGCACCUUCUACACUUAGAACAUGAUGAUACGUACACACCCAAGUACACACCCAGUAUUUUUCUUCAGUUCGCUGCUUUACAGUUAUCAAUUCUCGAUUUUUAUUACCAUUCUAUUGCAAUAUCAUCGACAUGGCGACUCGUAUAGCUGUGGUAACUGGAGGAAAUAAAGGUAUCGGCUUUGCAAUUGUCAAAGCUCUUUGCCAACAAUUCGACGGUAUUGUUUAUUUGACAGCUCGUGAUAGCAAUCGCGGUCUGACCGCCGUCGGUGAAUUGAAAAAACAAGGUUUAAAAUCGGAGUUCCAUCAACUUGAUAUCAACGAUGAUGCGAGCGUCGCAGAAUUCCAUGAUUAUCUGAAAGAUAAAUAUGGUGGCCUUGACGUGCUGGUUAACAACGCUGCCAUAGCGUUCAAAACCGAUGCUACAGAACCAUUUGCAAUUCAAGCUGAAGAAACAAUAAAAGUAAACUACUUUAGCUUGCGCAGAGUUUGUACUGCGCUCUAUCCAUUGCUCAGACCACAUGCCCGAGUAGUCCAUGUUUCCAGCAGUGCUGGACGUCUGAGCAAUAUUACUGGUGACGCAUUGAAAAAGAAGAUAGCUGAUCCAAAUUUAAGUGAAGAAGAAUUGGAUAACAUUAUGCGUGGAUUUGUCAACGCUGCCAAGUCCGGCACUCACUUGCAAGCUGGUUGGUCAAAUUCAGCAUAUGUGGCGAGUAAGAUUGGAGUGAGUGCUUUGACUGGUAUCCAUCAGGCUAUGUUUAACGCAGACCCGCGAGAAGACAUCGCGGUGAACGCGGUACAUCCCGGUUAUGUGGACACGGAUAUGACCAGCCACAAAGGCCAUUUAAAAAUUGAGGAAGGAGCUAUCGGGCCUGUUUACUGUGCCUUAUUGCCGCAAAAUACAGAAAUAAAAGGAAAGUAUAUCUGGUUUGAUAAGACAUUGUCAGAUUGGAAGUAACAUGUGUAUGAAACAGAUGAAUUAGUUUGCUUAGUCCACUAUAUACGCCUAAUGCGAACAAAUAAAUGAACCUGAUAUUAUAUAGAA